UUUUUAAGCGCCAGGACGCCGGUUAUCUGCACUGAGUUUUAUUAUUUCUCCUGGAGGAAACCAAGAAGACAAAGAACUUUACAGUCGUCGAUAACAGGGUGCCCGGUGUAACACGGACCACACGACGAACAGAGGAGGACACCAAGUACAUAUCGAGAGCUCCAUCCAUUUUUCAAGAUUUUUUCCAACUUCAGCCCUCAGACAAACAUUAGCAUGAUGUCGUAUCUAAAGCAACCACCUUACACAGUCAAUGGCCUCAGCUUAACAACUUCUGGAAUGGACCUUCUGCAUCCAUCAGUGGGCUAUCCAGCAACGCCACGGAAGCAGAGGCGAGAGAGGACUACUUUUACGCGCGCACAGCUCGACAUUUUGGAGGCGUUGUUCGGCAAAACUCGAUACCCGGACAUAUUCAUGCGGGAAGAGGUGGCACUGAAAAUCAAUCUACCUGAGUCCCGAGUACAGGUCUGGUUUAAGAACCGGCGGGCAAAGUGUCGCCAGCAGCAGCAGCAGCAGCAGAACGGGGGCCAGAACAAGGUGCGACCUGCCAAAAAGAAAAGUUCUCCAACCAGAGAAGUGAGUUCAGAGAGCGGGGCCAGUGGCCAGUUCACGCCUCCCACCAGCACCACCACAGUCCCCGCCAUCUCCACCAGCACCGCCCCAGUGUCCAUCUGGAGCCCGGCGUCCAUCUCUCCGCUCGCAGACCCCCUGUCUACCUCCUCCUCCUGCAUGCAGAGGUCUUACCCCAUGACUUACACCCAGGCCUCGGGCUACAGCCAGAGCUACGCCGGCUCGACGUCCUACUUCAGCGGCAUGGACUGCGGCUCUUACCUCACUCCCAUGCACCACCAGUUGUCAGGCCCUGGCUCAACUCUCAGUCCGAUGAGCACAAACGCGGUCACAAGCCAUCUGAACCAGUCCCCGGCGUCCCUCUCCGCCCAGAGCUACGGGACGUCCGGCCUGGGCUUCAACUCCACAGCAGACUGCCUGGAUUAUAAGGACCAAGCGGCCUCAUGGAAGCUGAACUUCAAUGCCGAUUGCUUGGAUUAUAAGGAUCAAACUUCCUCGUGGAAAUUCCAGGUCCUGUGAACAGAGCAAUCAGCUGUCAAAAAAAAGUGCACAAACAGUGACGAUCACAUCAGACACGGCGCUGCCAUCCUCAGUAAAACACAUCGGACUGGUUAAAAUGUCAGCCGGGCUCGGCAAAGCAGGGCUCUCAGGGGCCUCGGGUUUUUGGCAUGACGGUCUUUGGUCCUCCUAGAGGAGAAGUUUAAUUUAUUUUAGCACUGGCAAAGAGAUUUUCCCCCCAGUUCAUACACAGGUUGUAGCCCCCCCAUCCAUGUCUGUCAGUGUGUGCCUCUAUGCGUAAAAAAAAAAAAAAACACCUGUUGGGGCAACACAGAGUGAACUCUGAAAGAAAAGUACACCACA